AUGGCUGACUCUGCUGCCCCGGCUGCCAAGCCCGAAGCCCCCGCCGCUGAGGCGCCCGCCCAGACUGGCGGCCUCGAGAACCCGGAGGAGGCCCUCAUCGAGUCCAACUGGGACCAGGUUGUCGACAACUUCGACGACAUGAACCUCCGCCCCGAGCUCCUCCGCGGCAUCUACGCCUACGGUUUCGAGCGUCCCUCGGCCAUCCAGCAGCGCGCCAUCAUGCCCGUCGUUGCCGGCCACGACGUCAUCGCCCAGGCCCAGUCGGGUACUGGCAAGACCGCCACCUUCUCGGUCUCGAUCCUCCAGUCGAUCGACGUCUCGCUCAAGCAGCCCCAGGCCCUCGUCCUCGCGCCGACCCGUGAGCUCGCGCAGCAGAUCCAGAAGGUCGUCGUCGCCCUCGGCGACUACAUGAACAUCGAGUGCUUCGCCGCGGUCGGCGGCACGUCGGUCCGCGAGGCCAUGGCCAAGCUGCAGGAGGGCGUCCACGUCAUUGUCGGCACCCCGGGCCGCGUGUUCGACAUGAUCCAGCGCCGCGCUCUCAAGACCGACCACAUCAAGAUCUUCUGCCUCGACGAGGCCGACGAGAUGUUGUCGCGCGGGUUCAAAGACCAGAUCUACGACGUGUUCCAGUUGCUCCCGCCGACGACCCAGGUCGUCCUCCUGUCGGCCACCAUGCCCGCCGACGUCCUCGAGGUCACGACCAAGUUCAUGCGCGACCCGAUCCGCAUCCUCGUCAAGCGCGACGAGCUCACCCUCGAGGGCAUCAAGCAGUUCUACAUUGCCGUCGAGAAGGAGGACUGGAAGCUCGAGACGCUUUCGGACCUGUACGAGACCGUCACCAUCACCCAGGCCGUCAUCUUCUGCAACACCCGCAGGAAGGUCGACUGGCUCACCGAGAAGCUCCAGGCGCGCGAGUUCACCGUCUCGGCGAUGCACGGCGACAUGGAGCAGGGCCAGCGCGAGGUCAUCAUGAAGGAGUUCCGCUCGGGCUCGUCGCGCGUCCUCAUCACGACCGACCUCCUCGCCCGUGGUAUCGACGUCCAGCAGGUCUCGCUCGUCAUCAACUACGACCUCCCGUCGUCGCGCGAGAACUACAUCCACCGCAUCGGUCGCGGCGGUCGCUUCGGUCGCAAGGGCGUCGCCAUCAACUUUGUCACCACCGAGGACGUCCCCGCCCUCCGCGACAUCGAGCGGUUCUACAACACCCAAAUCGACGAGAUGCCCAUGAACGUCGCCGACCUCCUCACCAACUCAACCAUGUUCCUGUGCCUCCCGAUCGUCUUUGGCGUCAACACCAAGCUCAAGCAGGAGGGCGACGAGGUCCGCCCGUGCCAGAACUGCCACAACCGCUCGUGCGUCAAGGUCAAGCGCUCCAAGCGCUUCGAGCUCUUCUGGGUCCCGCUGAUCCCGCUCGGGAGCAAGCACGUCUGGAUGUGCCACAUCUGCAAGGUCUCCUACGCCGCGGACCCGGCCGAGAAGGACGCGCCCGCCUCGGCGCAGCACGCCGCCGCCGCGCCGCACGGUGGCCAGCCUGCUCCGGGACGAGGGUACGACGUCGGCUACCAGGGCCAGGGCGCCAAGGUUUGA